AUGUUACGUAGAUGUGACGUCACGCCCAUAAACCAAAAUUCAAAAGUUUCUAUGUUAGCGAAUCAGAAAACGAUAGGAACGAAAUAUAUCAGAGAACAGCGUACAGUAAGACGAUCUCACACCUCAUUCAUGGAUAAUUGGAGUAUACUACUUACUUUCGCCUUCGCCAAGGUGAGGGUCGGCCGGACAGUGGAAGAGGGAGUGGCUGAGGAGAGUUUACGAGUCACGCAGUAUAAAAGACCGUCUCUCGCCCUUGUGGCCGUCGCUUUGGCUGCUCCUUCACAGCCUUCCUACGACUACUCUCCUCCGGCAACCUAUGACUCUCCUGCUAAGUACGACUUCAACUACGUUGUCAAGGACGACUAUUCCGGAAACGACUUCGGUCACCAGGAAGCACGCGACGGAUACAACACACAGGGUUCCUACUUCGUCCUCCUUCCCGACGGUCGUCUGCAGAGGGUCACCUACACCGUCAACGGCGACUCAGGCUACGUGGCUGAGGUCAGCUACGAGGGUGAGGCCCAGUACCCCGAGUACCAUCCUGCUCCUACCUACAAGCCCGCCCCUGCUUACAAGCCUGCUCCUGCCUACAAGCCUGCACCAACCUAUGAACCCGCCCCUACUUACGUCUAAGUGUGUGUUCUAUUAUA